CAUCAUUGUCUAUUCUCUGCAAUUGCUUAACACUGAACAACACAGUUCCUAAGUCGACAAUUUUAUCUUUUUGAGGUUUUGACCCUCAGCCAUUUUCUCCAUUCUUUCUAAGCUAAACAAUUUAGAUUUCAUGCAAAAUAAAUAAAUAAUAUUAUAUAUUCAAUUUCUCACUCACCAUAGCUUAAUCAAAAGCUUCAUUCAAUUCAAUUCAACAAUACUUUCAUUUCAUCACUUGUUUCCAUAAUUCUAUGUACCUUGUUGAUCUAAUCCAUGGAUACUCUUAACGUUUCAAGCUUCAAAACCAUUGCAUUCCCAUUUUUCUGCAAGCCCAAAACACUGAACUCAAAAAACAUCUCAUCAAACCAUAACACCCCAUUUCACAUAAACCCUUUCCCUUUCUAUCUAACAAGUUCCACAUCAAGAAAGUUUCAAACUUUUGCCCAUUUUCGACGACCCAUUAACCGACGGAAUUCCCUAAGGAACAAGCUUCUUAAUGAUCACCAGGUAACCCUUAUUCACAUUCCCAAUGACCCAUCUUCUGUUUCUAGUAAUUUUGUGGAAAAAAAUAGUGAUGUAAAUUUUCAAAGGGUAUCUUUUGAUGAUGAUGAUGAUGAUAAUAUUGUUGAAUUGGAAGAAGAAAAAUCAAAACUUUUGGGUGAUUCUGUUUUGUUGAAUAAAUUAGAGAAUUGGGUUGAUGAGUAUAGGAAAGAUAUUGAGUAUUGGGGUAUUGGGUCUAAUCCUAUAUUUACUGUUUAUGAGGAUUCAUUUGGUGGUGUUAAAAGGGUAUUUGUUGAUGAACAAGAGAUUUUGAGAAGAGAUAGGGUUCAGAGAGAGGGAAAUGAAAUUGAGGGUUUAUCUGAAGUGAAGUAUAAGAUUUUGGAUGCUAAGAAGCUAGCUAGGGAGGUGGAGAGUGGUAAUAAUGUGAUUGCAAGGAAUAGUUCUGUGGCUAAGUUUGUUGUUCAAGGUGAGGAGGAGGGUGGUUUUAUUCAGGCCGUUCGUGGCUUUGUCGUUCAACCUUGGUUGGUUCCAAAGCUUUUUGGGGUUGGAAGCACAGUUUUGUGUGUUUUGGUUCUUUUGUUUGCAGUCAAGAAAUUGUUUAGGUUUGGUGAUAAAGAUGUUCAGUAUACGGAAAUGGAGAAGAAAAUGAUGAUGAGGAAGGUAAAGGCUAGAAAGGAGAAAGAGGUGCUGAUGAAGGGCGCUGUGGAAGUUAUUCAUGAACGUGUGGAAACAUCGGUGAUAGGAGUAAAAAAGCCUAAGUUAGAUAAGGAACAGCUUAAGAACAAUAUUCUGAAAGCUAAGGCUUCUUCUGAUUCUGAUAAACUUGUAGUUCAGAAUUCAUUUGAUGAAGUGAGAAAUGGAUCUAUGGAUAUGGACUAUAAAGUUCGAGAAAUCAGAGAAAUGGCUAGACGGGCACGGGAAAUCGAAGGAAGAGACGGUUCUGUAGUUAGUAAGGAUAUGGAAAUGGAUGAGCCUGUGAUUGAGAAAUCCUCCAAUGAGAGUGAAGUCAUAAAAAAGAACAGCAAACAAGAUAACAAUUUAUGUAAUCAUCAAAAUGAAGUUGCAAGGGAAACAACAGAUACUAGUGGAAUUUGGCAAAGAACUUCUGAUGAUGUCACGGGGAAUGUUGAUAAUUCAAUCCUGCACGAGAUAGCUCGUGAUGAUAGAGAAAUUGAUAAAGAGGAAAUAGAAAUCAAUGGAAGUGCUAUGACCAUGAAGGACAGUGAAGAUAAUAAAUCCUCGUGUACUCCGAUUAAUGGCUCGUUUAUGACAAAUAAAAGUUCAGUGAGCAAGAAACCAAGGAUCAUACGGUCUGUUAUGGAAGCCAAGGAUUAUCUUUCAAAGAAACACGACAAACAAGAUCCCGUUACAAAAUCCGAAAUUGAACUUGGGAAAGAAAACACUGUUGAUUCAAAGCCUUCCGAAUCGGUUGAUUUUAACGACCAAAAGUGGCAAAAUUUGGAGACGAAUAUACUUGUGUCCAAAAGUGACACAUUAAACGGAUUGUUGUAUUCUAAGUCUGACAUAAAUGCAAGUGAGGAUUCUAAUCAGAAGGAAAGGGAAAUCGGCCCAACAAAGAACGAGUGCUCAGAAGAUUCUGGUAUCGAACCUGGAAUGGAAGACCUUCAAAAGUGCGAAACCACUUUAGACUGUGAAGUUAAUGGCUUUGGUACUGAGGCAAGUCUAUCAGUGGAAAAAAACUUUGAUGAAGUCGAGCCAACUAUUAAACAAAUAAAUGAUACUUUAAAUAUGGUAUCAGAUUCUAGGCCUGACCUAAAUCCUAGUGAAAAUUCUGAUCAGAAGGAUAUGGUCCCGACAAAGAUCGACAGCAUGAAAGACUUUGGUGUUGAACCUGGAUUGGGAAAUCUUCAAAAUUCCGAGACAACUUCUGACCAUGAAGUUAAUGGUGAUAGUAAAGAGACAAGAACAUCUGGAAAGACAGAAAGUUGGCUGGAGAAAAAUUUCCAUGAAGUUGAGCCGAUAGUUAAACAAAUCAGAGCUGGAUUUAGAGAUAACUACAUGAUUGCAAAAGAGAGAGUUAAUCAAUCUUUAGAUCUACCGACCGAGAUGGAAUCGCUUGGAGAUUCUGAAGAUGGUGGCGGAGAGCUUGACUGGAUGAAGGAUGAUCAUCUUAGCGACAUUGUCUUUCGAGUCCGUGAUAAUGAAUUAUCUGGACGAGACCCGUUUUAUUUGAUGAAUGAUGAAGAUAAAGAUGCUUUCUUCACAGGUCUUGAGAAAAAAGUGCUGAAAGAAAACCGAAAACUUUCUCACCUCCAUGAAUGGCUCCACUCAAAUAUUGAAAAUCUCGACUAUGGAGCAGAUGGCAUUAGUAUAUAUGAUUCGCCCGAGAAAUUCAUACCGCGAUGGAAAGGACCCUCCGUGGAGAAAAUUCCCGAGUGCCUAAACGAAUUCCUAGACAAGAAAAAGACAACUUCCACCAAAAAUUUGAACCCGGUGAAGAAGGACAAUGAGAAGGAAUCUGCUAAAAAAUCAGCUGAUUCAUCUUCAAAAGUAAAGGUUGACGGUUCUAUAGCACCAAUUAAGAAGUUAAAAAAUCCGAAGACUGUUAUUGAAGGAAGUGAUGGUUCUCUUAAAGCCGGCAAAAAAUCAGGGAAGGAAUAUUGGCAGCACACAAAGAAAUGGUCCCAGGAAUUUUUGGAGUGUUACAAUGCUGAGACAGAUCCAGAAGUUAAGUCCGUAAUGAAGGAUAUCGGGAAGGAUUUGGAUCGCUGGAUCACUGAAAAAGAAAUAGAGGAAGCGGCUAAUCUGAUGAACAACUUACCUGAUCAGAAUAGGAGUUUCGUGGAGAAGAAAAUCAACAAGCUUAAAAGAGAGAUGGAGUUGUUCGGACCGCAAGCAGUGGCUAGCAAAUAUCGUGAAUAUACAGACGACAACGAAGAAGAUUACUUAUGGUGGCUAGAUCUUCCAUAUGUACUGUGCAUCGAGUUGUAUAGAGUUGAAGAUGGAGAACAAAGAGUUGGAUUUUAUUCAUUGGAGAUGGCUCCUGAUCUCGAAUUGGAGCCUAAGCCAUAUCAUGUGAUUGCUUUCCAAGAUCCUAGUGACUGCAAAAACCUUUGUUACAUAAUUCAGACUCACAUGGAAAUGCUUGGAGGCGGCAACGCCUUUGUUGUCGCACGGCGUCCUAAGGAUGCUUUUCAAGACGCUAAAGAAAACGGUUUUGGUGUUACUGUCAUCAAGAAAGGUGAACUUCAGCUUAAUAUAGACCAACCACUAGAAGAAGUGGAGGAACAAAUUACAGAGAUUGGAAGCAAAAUGUACCAUGAUAAGAUGAUGAAGGAUCGAUCCGUUGAUAUAAACUCAAUAAUGAAGGGUGUAUUUGGUGUUAAUGGCUCCACCAAAAGGUUAAAGCGGAAGUUGAAGUAACCCAGGAUGCGAUGUUGGCUCAAACUAUUUUUGAGAAUGAACCCGGUUGAAGACGGGAAAUGGGGCGUGUCAUCGCGAGUUUGUACGGUUCAAGAAAAUGAUGGCAUGCCUGCAUUGCAUGGUAGCAUAAGUCAAUCUCUUUUGUAAUUUGUUUUUGUGCAUGCAUGGUAGCAUAAGUCAAUCUCUUUUGUAAUUUGUUUUUGUACAUAGUUGAGAAAAAUAUAGUUAAAUUAUAAUAGUUCUACUGCAUGCUGUUGUUAACUUGAUAACAUAGUGAGAAUUUCUCCACCAAGAAUGCUGUUUAGUAGGAUGGAUUAGUAUUGAAAACAAGUACAAAAGGGGAUGUAUGAUCAUACAUACAUAUGAGACUUAUCAAUGACAAUCUUUAUGAAUUUUUGUUUGAAAA